AUGGACGACAACGCGCGGCGGAGGCAGCAUGAAGCGCCCAUCGGUGCUACAUCCAACCCUAGAUACGCAGUCAACGAUCCCAAUGCGCAGAGGAGGUCGUAUGGCGCGAGUGCGCCUGACAGGUACCGACCUGCGCCAAUCAACACAUCUCCCACGGCAGCUAGAGGCUUGGGCGGGACGGCUGCGUACAGUGGCUAUUACCAGGAGCCGGCGGCGGCCUUUUCCACUGCCAUGUCGCAGAGUACAAUGGCAUACCAGCAGCCCGAUUAUGGGCAGGACAGCAGACAGCCGCAGAGCUUCGGCGGGUACAACCCGUCGAUGAUGUACACAACGGGCGCACAAAACGCCGUUUACGAUACGAGUCAACAGUUCCCGUCGCGGCAGCCUGCAGCGCUGCCGAUGAUGCCAACGGAUGUAGCCGCGCCUUAUUUCCCGACCGAGCCAACCAACGCAGCCGCGGCGAGUGGUCUGCAGCCCCAGGCGGGAUCCUCGAGCUCGACGCAGGUAUAUCAACAGAGCCCGGCGGACCAGCAGCGCGCGAUGCUCCAGAACUACCCCGGUGGAAUGACAUCAAUGAGCGGCAUGGCACAGACACAGGCAAGCGCGCCCGAGCAGGUCGUGGAGGAGCAGGACUAUUCAGCAUCGGCAGAGAUGGGCGAGGCUUACGAGCAGUACCAGUCAGCGCUCAAGGAGAUCUUUACCAACAUCCGGAGCGGCGUGCUGCAGUCGGCAAGCGAAUCACUGCUGAACGUGUCCGAGUGGCUUCUCUCGAAGGUUGUGGAACUUGGCCUUGCUGGAGACAACCCAGCUCUGCAUCCCGAUCGCAUCAAGCUAUGGCACGACUUCAACCACGCAUGGCUUGCCCUGUUCCAGAGACAAAAGGACAUCAUGGAAUCAGGCCAGCCACCGCAACGGGGUCAAACCUUAAUCAGUGAAGAUAUCCUCAAGAAGAUGGGCAAAGAGAUCAUACGUCUAUGUGACGGUAUUGAGCGACAUGGUCUUGUCGACUACGAGUACGGUGUAUGGGAAGAGCAGAUCAUUGACAUCAUUGGACAAUGCAUCGAUCUCUACGAGAAUGGCGACGGAGCCAGUGCUAGAGGAUCCUCUCUUGCGAGUGCGGCGGGAUCCAGCCAGCGACCCCUUCAUCACAUGUCCCGCUAG